UUUUUUUUUUCUUCUUCUUUACUUUCUUUCCUUUUUGAACAUUUACUAUCAAAAUGACCAGUCGAACUAUUCCUACCAUUGAUUUCAGUCAAGACAAGAACGUAGUAGCGAAAAAAGUCCUGGAAGCUUGCAGUACUAUUGGUUUCUUUUAUAUGAUCAAUCAUGGUUUACCUCAAGACCAAAUUGACCGUGCCUUUGCUCUUAGUAAACAAUAUUUCGAUUUGCCCGCGACUGAAAAAAGAAAACAUUUGAUACAAGAACAUAACCAUGGCUAUUCUGAAUUGUAUAGUGAAACUUUGGACCCCGAACAUCAACGACAAGGUGAUCAUAAAGAAGGCUUCAAUUUUCGUAACUUUGUUCAUGGUAAACCUUUUGCUCCUCUUCCUGACUUGUUUGCUCAAAAUGAAGAAUUCCUUCAAUCUUUCUCAAGAGCAUGUCAUGCUACGGCUAUGCGUGUUUUAGAAGCAUUUGCCAUUGCUUUGGAAAUCCCUGCAUCGGAAGGUGGAACUGAAUGGUUCACUCAUCGACAUCAUUAUGAUGAACCCAGUGGUCAAAUCUUACGAUUUUUAAAAUAUCCUCAUGGUGGUGAAGCAGAAUAUCAAGAUACGGUACGUGCAGGUGCACACUCUGAUUAUGGAUCCAUCACUCUCCUAUUCCAAAAAGAUGUACCUGGAUUAGAAGUACAAGCUAAUCGUGAAGAAUGGAUCGCAGCGCCCCUGAUCGAUGGAAGUAUUCUGGUAAAUGUAGGGGAUCAAAUGCAAGAAUGGACUGGUGGUUUAUUUAAAUCUACUUUGCAUCGCGUCACGUUUCUUCCUGAACACAAUCAUUUGGAUCGCUACUCAAUGCCCUUUUUUGUCCAUCCUGAAGAUGCUACACCAUUGGUGCCUAUCCCUUCUCAUUUGGUACCUUCUUCCUCCAUUCAAAAAGAUGAACAUGGUCAAGUUUUAACUGCCGGUGGUCAUUUACAACGACGUUUGCAAGCAACCUAUUCCUAUGAAAAGUCUUAAUUUUUUUAUUUAUUUUAUUAUCCCUCCAUUUACUAGUGUUAGAUUUGGGUAAAUUAGUAUUAUAUAUUUUUAUUCAUGGAUUGGAACCGGAUUCUGGUCAUUUGUUUAGUAUAAAUAAAUAGUAAGUGGUUUUAUUUACCAAAAAAAGAAAAUGGAAGAACAACUUGGGGCAGUUACAAAUAAAGUCGAAACAAAUCCAUG